AUGAUGAGGUGGCGGCCAUGGCCACCUUUGGUUUCGAAGAAGUACGAGGUGAGGCUUGUUGUUCGAAGGAUGGAGGGUUGGGAUCUAGGGCGGGAAGCUGUAGCUUCUGCACCCGUGACAUCGUCAGGAGGUGAUUUGAAGGACAAGUCGGAGAAAUUGACGGUGGAGAUUAGGUGGAAAGGUCCCAAAUUGGCCUUGAGUUCGUUGAGGAGGACAGUGGUGAAGAGAAAUUUUACGAAAGAAGUGGAGGUUUUUGGUGGUGAAGGGGAAGGUGAAAACGGUGGCGUUAUGGUGGAGUGGGAUGAGGAGUUUGAGAGUUUGUGUACGUUGUCUGCUUAUAAAGAAAAUGUGUUUCAUCCUUGGGAAAUCUCUUUCACUGUCUUCAAUGGUGUGAACCAAGGGCCAAAGAACAAGGUUCCUGCUGUUGGAACAGCAACAAUGAACCUUGCUGAAUUUGCUUCUGCAGCUGAACAGAAAGAGUUUGAGUUAAGACUUCCUCUUAUGGUUUCUGCUGGUGGUUCGGACCCUCACCCUUUGCUCUGUGUAGCACUCAGCUUAUUGGAGUUGAGAACUGCUCCUGAGACGUCUGAGCCAGUUCAGAGAGCUAUAGUACCCAUUCCAUCACCACCUCAAUCUGGAGAAGCUGUCUCAACUGAAAAGGAUGAGCUUUCUGCAAUUAAAGCUGGUCUCAGAAAGGUAAAGAUUUUUACAGGAUAUGUAUCUACCAGGAGAGCAAAAAAGGCCUGUCGUGAGGAAGAUGGCAGUGAAGGCAGGUUCUCUGCAAGGAGUGAGGAUGGUGAGGAUAACUAUCCAUUUGACUCUGAGUCACUAGAUGAUUUGGAGGAAGGAGAAUCGGAUGAGGUCAAGGAGGAUUCUACUGUGAGGAAGUCAUUCAGUUAUGGCAUGCUGGCUUUUGCAAACUAUGCUGGAGGAUCCUCUGUCUCUAGCACAAGGAUAAAUGCGGAAGAUGAAGAUUGGGUUUACUACAGCAAUCGCAAGUCAGAUGUGGGUUGCUCACAUAGUGAUGAUUAUACUCCAUUGGUCUCUGCGCCAUCUAUCUUGCAAAGUUCUAAACGCAGCAUAUUACCUUGGAGGAAGAGGAAGUUGAGCUUUAGGUCUCCUAAAGCUAAAGGAGAGCCAUUGUUGAAGAAGGCAUAUGGAGAAGAAGGUGGGGAUGAUAUUGAUUUUGAUCGCCGACAGCUUAGCUCUGAUGAAUCUCUUGCUCUUGGGUGGCAUAAGCAAGAUGAGGAUACAUCUGCAAAUCGAUCAUCAGUAUCUGAAUUUGGUGACGACAAUUUUGCCAUAGGCAGUUGGGAGAAAAAAGAAGUGAUAAGUCGUGAUGGACAGAUGAAGCUUCAAACUGAGGUUUUCUUUGCUUCCAUUGAUCAGCGAAGUGAGCGGGCUGCAGGUGAGAGUGCCUGCACAGCCCUUGUUGCUGUUAUUGCUGAUUGGUUUCAGAAUAACCGGGGUCUCAUGCCCAUUAAGUCCCAAUUUGAUAGUCUCAUCAGAGAAGGGUCUUUGGAAUGGAGAAACCUCUGUGAGAACGAAACCUACAAGGAGCGGUUCCCUGACAAACACUUUGACCUUGAAACAGUUCUCCAAGCCAAAAUACGUUCCCUUUCUGUCGUCCCUGGCAAGUCCUUUAUCGGGUUUUUCCAUCCAGAGGGGAUGGAUGAGGGAAGAUUUGAUUUUUUGCAUGGUGCCAUGUCCUUUGAUAACAUUUGGGAUGAGAUAAGCCGCACUGGAUUGGAAUGUCCAGGCGAUGGUGAACCUCAGAUUUACAUUGUAAGUUGGAACGACCAUUUUUUCAUCCUAAAGGUUGAACCAGAAGCUUACUACAUUAUUGACACAUUAGGAGAGAGGCUCUAUGAGGGAUGCAAUCAGGCCUACGUUUUGAAAUUUGACAGCAACACUAUUAUUCAUAAGUUGCCAAAUGCUGCAGAAUCAUCUGAUGAGAAAACAAUGGGUGAUCAGCAGAAUGUGCCAGCUGCUGUGGAAUCCAAGGAUCAGCAGCAGGUGAGCCUGAAAGAGGAGGAGGCUUCUAUAUCAUGGGCAGUAGUAACCAAGCCUGAAGAACUAACUAAAAGAGAGGAUCCAUUAAAGAGUGAGGAAGAAGGGGAGGUUGUGUGCCAAGGAAAGGAUUCUUGCAAGGAGUACAUAAAGAGCUUCUUGGCUGCAAUUCCAAUCAGGGAACUGCAGGCUGACAUCAAGAAAGGUUUGAUGGCAUCAAAACCUCUUCAUCAUCGGUUGCAGAUUGAGUUCCACUACACCCAGUACUUGCAACCAUUAACUGAAACUCACGCGGCAAAUAUGUUGAUAGCACUACCACAAUCAGUCAAUGCUUCCAUAUCAGAGGAUGCUGUUUAG